AUGCCAAUGGAAAGGGCUUUGAACUUGGACGGGGUCGCGGUGAUGACUGAACAAUUCUUACACUACCUGGCUACAGAUGUCGCAGGCAAUUCGUGUGGAUGCAUCAGAGCUAAGUUGCAGCACAUAUACGUCAGCAGCCUCGAAGAAUCUAUUCACCUAGACAACCCGUACCAACUGGCCACGAAGCUGGACAGAAUUUUCGAUGAGCUUGUCCUCCAUCUAGGAUGGCCAAUCAAUCGGCAGCCGAGGCGAGAUAUCGCUUGUGGCAAUGCCUGGUUUUACAGACCUGAUCAUCACAAGCGCAUUUUCUCCGUCGCCCGCCAGGCUUGGGAGACCGCUCUCUCGAAGAAAGGCUCGAGGUGUGGUGCAUUUUGCCGGCCUGGAGGCUGCCCUGACUGGGUCGUCUUGUGCGCUUAUCAAGACGCUCUGCGAAUCCAUAUCCAACAGUGGUUGGAUUCGUUGAGCCCCGAGCUGGAUUCCAGCGGGCACCCAGAUAGUCUCUAUUUUGUCUACCCCGCGAGUAUUCUUUCGGAUAUUUGGGCUCUCGAAUUUCUAGCAAUCAUUUUUAAAGACCCCAAACUGGAGAGCCUUGUGCAGUCUCUACGAACUGCGGUCGAAGACUGGUUCUGUGGUGGCGAGCAGAGUGUGUGGAAUGCGGCCAUUCCCGAGAACUGGCAUAUGCAAUGUACGUACUGGAGAGGUCAUGAUCAUGGUUUAGAUUGCCAGCUCUGA